AGGGCAAAACAUUCCCAACUCAGUGCCUCAAAUAGCAACGACACGAACAUGAUCAUGAUGCAAGGAGAAUAAACCAUGUUUCUAAGAUAUUUUCCACUACUUUUACUUUUGUCAUGCAUAAGGUUCAUCAGUAAUGCAGAAGAAUCAACCACCACCAUCAUCAAUGUGUGGCCCAAACCAAGGAACCUCACAUGGUCCCCACCAUACCAAACCACCCUCCUCUCUUCUUCCUUCACCAUUAUCACCACCACCAUCCACCACAACAAACACCUCUCUGCCGCCAUCUCUCACUACCACACCCUCAUCAAAUCAGAGCACCACCAUCCUCUUGUGCCUCUUGGAGUCACCAUCUCCAAGGACCUUCCACCACUGCAAAAUUUGACUAUUGCGGUAGUGGACCCACAUGCAGGACUCGUUCACGAUGUAAACGAGUCCUACACUCUCUCCAUCCUUCAUUCUCAUGCCACUCUCGCUGCACAAACUGUGUGGGGUGUCAUGCGAGGUUUGGAGACCUUCUCCCAACUCGCAUGGGACUGUCCUACACAGAUCGCAGUGGGAGUAGAAGUGUGGGAUUCUCCGGUGUUUGUUCACCGUGGACUGAUGGUGGACACUGCAAGGAACUACUACCCCAUGAAGGACUUGUUGAGGACAGUGGAAGCCAUGAGCAUGAACAAGCUCAACGUGCUCCAUUUGCAUCUCACGGACGCAGAAUCUUUCCCUUUGGUGCUGCCUUCAGAGCCUGCGUUGGCUGAGAAGGGAGCUUAUGCACCUCACAUGGUGUACACACCAGAGGAUGUGAAAACACUUGUAGAAUUUGGCCUUGAUCAUGGAGUUCGUGUGAUUCCUGAGAUUGACACACCUGGACACACAGCAUCUUGGGCAUUAGCCCACCCAGAGAUUGUGACAUGUGCCAACAUGUUCUGGUGGCCAGCUGGAAGUGAUUGGUCUGAAAGGCUAGCUUCACAACCAGGAACAGGACACUUGAACCCCUUAAACCCCAAGACAUACCAAGUCCUAAAGAAUGUGAUACACGACAUAACCAAAUUGUUCCCAGAACCAUUUUUCCACUCAGGUGCUGAUGAGAUAGUACCAGGUUGUUGGAAAACUGACUCCACAAUUCAGAAGCAUCUAUCAGAUGGUGGAACCCUCAACCAGGUUCUUGAGAAGUAUAUCAACAACACCCUCCCUCACAUUGUUUCCCUCAACCGCACUGUUAUCUAUUGGGAAGAUGUUUUACUAGAUAAAACAGUGCAUGUGCCAUCCACAAUCCUUCCAAAGGAGCAUGUGAUUUUGCAGACAUGGCUCAAUGGACAUGAUCACACCAAGAAGAUAGUCUCUGCAGGAUACAGAACCAUUGUGUCAUCUGCAGAGUUCUAUUAUCUGGAUUGUGGACAUGGCACCUAUGUUGGAAACAACAGUGCUUAUGACAACCAAGAUGGGAACACAGGCAAUGGUGGCUCAUGGUGUGCACCCUUUAAGACAUGGCAAACAAUAUACAACUAUGACAUAACAUAUGGGCUGAGUAAGGAAGAAGCAAAGUUGGUUUUGGGUGGAGAAGUGGCACUGUGGUCUGAACAAGCUGAUGGAAGUGUUUUGGAUGCAAGAGUUUGGCCAAGAGCUUCUGCAAUGGGUGAGUCACUUUGGUCAGGAAAUAGGGAUGAAAAUGGUGUGAAGAGAUAUGCAGAGGCCACAGAUAGAUUGAAUGAAUGGAGAAGCAGAAUGGUGAGCAGAGGAAUAGGGGCUGAGCCAAUUCAGCCACUUUGGUGUGUUAAGAACCCUGGCAUGUGUAACACACAGAAUUCAGUUUAGUUCCGUUCUUCCUUUGUCACAAAGUGAAAGAAUGAAUUGAAAAUAAGGCUCAGUUGAAACAAAAUAGUGAGUACAGUUCAUAUCUUUUUUGUAUGAAAAAGUCUAAACUUUUGCUCUUACAUGAAAUACUCCUUGUAGUUAACAAUAUUUUCUUUUGUUGAAGUUCUCCUGUGAUACCAAUAUACACUUACGUUUGAUCCUUA